CCUACAACUACACCCGCCGCAACUCUGUUACUGAGAGGCCCCGCAAAAUUCAAUUACAGACACUGAGCAACCGAGGACCUGACCACCAUCAAGUUUGGCUGAUCGACGACAACACCAUCCAUUCCAAGGCGACACCAUGCCAAGUCCAUCACUCUGACUGCGGAUCCGCGAUCGCAUGAGUCUGGCCUUCAUUUUGAUGCGCAAAUGACUGCCGCUUCACGUUGCGACCACUGUGCAUUUCGCGCGCGACGAAACUGAACCCUGCUCCUUUCUCUCUUUCGCGCCUCCGGAUCAGGAUUGCUCCAGCCAUAUCUGUACAUCUACAACUCCAAGGCUGGCCACACCACCAUGGUCGACAUCGACCCCGCCGCCCUGAGCCGGCCUUCCAUCAGCGUCUCUACCCCCAUUCUCGCCAACAAAUCCAUCAAUGUCUCGGCCCCGUCGCUGCACAAGACUCCCAAAACGAGCCAGCUUAUACCCGCCCGCAUAGACCUCGAGCCGAUAUACACGCAGUUAAAGUCCACCAUUGGCCCCGAACAAUGGGUUAUUUACAAAGAAACAAUCACAAACUUCCUGAUCGGCCGCCUCAAUCAAGCCGAGUUCAGCGAGCGCAUAGACCCAAUAUUAGCUUCCCCUGACGGCCAAAGAGAACAUUUACAUAACCAGCUCAUUGCUGCCAUCUAUGGAAAUGUCACGAGGGAGAUGCCGGACCAGGGCCUUGCGCCCUGGGUCAGUGCCAAUGACAAGCCGUCCACCACGACAGGCAACAAGCCCGUGUCUGGUGAUGCUGCCGAAAGGAGGUUAAAGGGGGAGGUCAUGCAGUUGCCGGCACGAGACAGGCGGAGGAUCAAGGACAUUGUACAAAACGAUUUCGACCCAUUCAACUCCUUGGCAGAUGUAUUUACAGACCAGAGCCGCAUCAAACCUGCCAAGACCACCGAGGUACCAGCAAGCGCAGCAGGGGGUCUCAGUCGCAUGAACUUUGACCUCGAGAUCCGAAAACGCUUUGCCCAACCUCUUGCCGUCGAGUCAGGCGAAUUCCCUGACGUAUCUAGUAUCGAAGCCCGCAUGUUGCCCUUUUGCUAUGAAUCUGGUCUCAUCUCCGGCCACGCGCCAGAAGCUGCCCAGUUCAUGUCUAUCGCCACCGACACGUUUAUAAAAGAAGUUCUUACGCAGGUAUUUAGUCGUACUCGCAGCAACGGACCCGGCGACUCUGGAAAUGCUGGCUUUGGGCCAGGGGGUGCAUGGGUUCAGACGCACAAAUACAAGAAGCAACUGGCAAAGGAAGAAGAAGCCUUCCAAAGGGGAGAGCUGACCAGGGAUAAGAGCGGGCUGUUGCCGAUCGAAGCCAAAGCUGCGAGCGAAAGAGGACCUCUUGGAAUGACAGAUUUGAGGUUGGCGUUAAAUGUGGGCGACUGUGGAAUGGCAAACUUCCCGACAAUAGUGAAAACGAUUGUCAACGACUACCGAGAAGGAGAGUUGGAAGAUUGGGAAUCUUACACGUAUAUUAAGAAGGAAGGUGGAAGGAUAUUAGGCGAAACCGACGAUGAGGAUGUCGAGAUGGGCGGCACGACGACAAUGGUGAACGGAAUGCCGUCGUUAAUACCAUUACCAACAGCAGCUGGUGGCAGCAAAGCCCUGGCCACGGCAACCACAGACCCACCACCACUUACAAAUGGAAUAGGAGGGCACGGUCACGGGCCAGAUGUUAUGGAUAUCGACAAUGAUCUUUGGUGGGAGGGAGCCGACCCGGCAGAUGGCGAUUUCUUGAAUUCGGUAUUGGAUUCAACGUUGGCUGUGGGGUAAGACUUUGCAAGACUUGCUUGUCAUUGCUCUUGUAUUUUCUCAUUUGUUUCCUGUGCUUUCAGAUUCCCCUGUGGUCAUUUAUUUUUGGUUUAUUUGGGGUAGGAUGGUGGGUAUUAUAUCUAUGUUGGCGAUGGCACUCUUGGCUGGCGUUUGCUUUCUGGCGAGAGCGACAUAGGCGAUGUCAUUUGGCGAAUUGGCGUACAUGGGGUAAGAUGCGAGCGGUUAUCUUUGCUUUGCGCUUAUACCUGGAGUCAGGGGGUUGCAUUUAAAGCCUUUUUUUCCUUCACUGCAUUUUCUUGUAUAUCCUGUUUGAUAUUGUAGAACAUGGGGGCUUGAAGCUUGAUGGAUGGUGGGAUGUUUGAACAAGGUUGAAAAGCGUAGUUGUGUGUUGAGAGGAAGGCAAGCAUUCAUGGGAAACUAAAAGAGUGUGUGUGUGUGAGAGAGAGAGAGAGAGAGAGAGGAUAUUCUAUUACUGGCUGUGGUCCUCACCUUGCAGGGCUGCCUGUAUUUUAUGACCGAUACCCAAUUAAAAAACAGCCCGAGAG